AAGCUGACGUAGAGCCGCAUGAGUUUCGUACAAUAACGUGAGAGUGCCGGAGUUUAAUAAACUAAAAGCAAUCAAUUGCAAUAAUUUGUACAAUUACAUUGCAGAAAUGUACCUCUUUAGUAUAUCGCUAAGUUUGAUACUACUAAACGCAUUUCUUCUUACGCUGGGAGAUGUGCCUCUUCAAAACAAUGGGACUGCUGCUGAGCGAAAAGAUCCCGAUACUGGCGCUGGUAGUAUUAAUCUUGGUGCAGGUAAUUGGAGUAGCAAUUUUGGAAAUAAUGGCAACGGCCAGACCUCAAAUGGUGGAUCUAACGGCAAUGGGCUAGUCAUACAAGCUGGAGUUUCUGGAAGGAGUGGUGGUAUUUCCAUUUUUUCUAGACCUUUGAUUUUAAUUGGUAGACCUGAUAGCAACGGAUACAAUACAAAUCAUAAAUCUAAACAACAGCUUACCAGAGUCGAAGCCUCAGACGGUAGUCAGGAUGAUGAUACAAAGAGUACUGUUGUCUUUGUUGGAGCUAAUUGGACGGAUAACUUUAAUCACAAUGGCGAAGAGCAACUUUCAGUGGGUGGAGUUAAUGGCAACGGCUUAAUCAUAAAUACUGGAACUACUAUAAUACAGGAUCGAAAAGAUCAACACAUAGGCAAACUCAAUUUACGGACCGAUGUUGGUGCUGGUAGUAUUAAUCUUGGUGCAGGAAAUUGGAGUAACAAUUUUGGAAAUAAUGGCAACGGCCAGACCUCAAAUGGUGGAUCUAACGGCAAUGGGAUGGUCUUCAUUGGGGGCGUUAAUAAUUCACCCGGUACCACUGUUAAGCCCUCAAAUAGAGAAGCAGAUAAAAAAAAUGAGGAAGGGGAUGGCGCCAGCCAGGCAUCAAAUAGUGGACAAAAUUUACGGAGCGAUCGUGGUGAUGGUAGUAUUAACCUUGAUGGAACUAAUUGGUCAAACAAUUUUGGAAAUAAUGGCAACGGCCAGACCUCAAAUGGCGGAUCUAACGGUAACGGUGCGGUCAUAACUGCAGGAGUAACCACAGGCCAGCGAACCUCCAGAGCUAGCCAGGCAUCAAAUAGUGGACAAAAUUUACGGAGCGAUCGUGGUGAUGGUAGUAUUAACCUUGAUGGAACUAAUUGGUCAAACAAUUUUGGAAAUAAUGGCAACGGUCAGACCUCAAAUGGCGGAUCUAACGGUAACGGUGCGGUCAUAACUGCAGGAGUAACCACAGGCCAGCGAACCUCCAGAGCUAGAACUUCCGGUAGACAAAGGAGCAGUUCUAGUUUUAAGAAUAAUGGCGACGCGCAACCUUCAGCGGGUGGAGUUAAUGGCAACGAUCUCAUCAUAAAUACUGGAACUACUAUAAUACAGAAUCGAAAAGAUCUACACAUACGUAAUUCCAUUUUACGGACCGAUGCUGGCACUGGUAGUAUUAAUCUUGGUGCAGGUAAUUGGACCGGCAAUUUUGGAAAUAAUGGCAACGGCCAGACCUCAAAUGGUGGAACUAACGGUAAUGGGCUAGUCGUAACUGCAGGCGUUAAUAAGUUACACGGUACCACUGUUAAGCCUUCAAAUAGUGAAGCAGAUAAAAAAAAUGACACCGAAAAUAGUGGAUCCAAAGCCCAGCCCUCUAAAGAGGAAGCGGAUGGCGCCAGCCAGGCAUCAAAUGGUGGACAAAAUUUACGGAGUGAUCGUGGUGAUGGUAGUAUUAACCUUGAUGCAACUAAUUGGUUAAACAAUUUUGGAAAUAAUGGCAACGGUCAGACCUCAAAUGGCGGAUCUAACGGCAACGGUGCGGUCAUAACUGGAGGAGUAACUGAACAUAAGGCCACCACAGCCAAGCGAUCCUCAAGAGCUAGAAUUUCUGGCAGACAAACGAGCAAUUCUAAGACCUCAACUGGUGGAGCAAAUAGAAAAGAUUCGACCUCAAAUUAUGGAUAUAAUGAGAAUGGUAACAAUAACGGUCUUAGCAUAAGUACUAUUAUUAGAGCUAUUCUGAAUGGUAUACACAAUGACAAUGGGCAGACCCCAACUGGUGGACAAAGGGAAAAUGAUCACCUCUCAAAUCGUGGAAAUGGAACCAUUUUUGUUAUAGUAGUCAAUGAUCAGCAUGACAAUGAUCGGCUUGAAAGUGGUUCUGAACGUAAUGAAGGUGAUGAGAGAAGCCUUGUAGAUAAUUCGAAUAAUUGUGGAGGUCCUUUUUCUGGCUGUGGAUGUAAUGGAGGAUGUGGAUCUGGAUGUAUAGGAGGUGGUUCCGGAGGUGGUUCUGGAUGUAUAGGAGGUGGUUCAGGAGGUAAUGGAGGUGGCUCUGGAUGUAUAGGAGGUGUUUUCGGAGGUGGUUCUGGAUGUAAUGGAGGUGGUUUAGGAGGUAAUGGAUGUAAUGGAGUUGGCUCUGGAUGUAUAGGAGGUGUUUCCGGAGGUGGUUCCGGCGGUGGUUCUGGAUGUAAUGGAGGUAGUUCAGGAGGUAAUGGAUGUAAUGGAGUUGGCUCUGGAUGUAUAGGAGGUGUUUCCGGAGGUGGUUCCAGCGGUGGUUCUGGAUGUAUUCCUAUUCCUAUAUAUAAGGAGGUGGCUCAGGAUGUAUAGGACGUGAUACCGGAGGUGGUGCUGGAUGUAUAGGAGGUGGUUACGGAGGUAGUGCUGGAUGUAUAGGAGGUGGUUCCGGAGGUGGUUCUGGAUGUAUAGGAGGUGGUUCCGGAGGUGGUUCUGGAUGUGUAUGAGGUGAUUCUGGAUGUAUAGGUGGUAGUUCAGGAGGGGGUUCUGGAUGAAAUAGAUGUAUUGGAGGUGGUUCUGGAUGUAAUGGAUGUGGUUCAGGGUGUGGCUCUGGAAUUAUUGGAGGUGGUAGUGGAGUAGGUAUUGGAGGUAGUAUUAGUGGUAUUAUACAUGGUUCUGGAAAUAUUGGAGAUGGAGUAGGUAUUGGAGGUUUUUUACCAGGUAGGUCUAGAAGUCCUACUUCAUCUAGAAAUAUUUCAUCAGCUGAUUCAAGUAAUACUACUAGCGAUGUUAGUGGUGAUAUAAAAGAUUCAUCUAGUGGUUUUACUAGUGGUCCCCCAACUCCAGAAUAAAUUUAUAGAGGAACCACAGGUAGUGAUGGAGGCGUUAUUGGAUUGAAUGCGUCAUCUUUAGAUAUCAUUAAAAAUAUUACUGCUAGUGGUUUUUCUGAUGCUAUGUCCCGUAGUAUUAGUAGUGGUAUAACUAGUAGUGUAUCUGGUGGAAAUUUCGAUACUACAUCUGAAGAAAUCUCAAGUAGUUUAUAUAGAGAAUGGUCUAGUAGAGCAAGUUUUUAUAAUUUUGCAAGAAGUGGCAUUACUGAAGAAAAUAGAGCUCCGAAUUCGAUAUUGACUCAAAACUGUCCUGAAAAAACUUGGGCCCAACGCUGCAAUGGAUUUACUAGACCUUAUCUAAAAAAUAUACAGCCACAUAGAAAUCUGAUAGUUAAAGUCAACAACUACUUACGUGACAAAGUAGCAAGGCCCUAAUUCUAUACGAAAAUGAAAGGGAUGGCUUUAAUGAAAUGGAGUUCUGAACUGGCCAACACAGCUAAAAUUAAUGUUAUGCAGUGUAUGCUAAGUCAUAACAGCUGUAACAGAAAUGACUAUAGGAUAACUGGACAAAAUGUGGCAAUUACCACCUACUUGGACGCAGAUGUGCAACAAUCGGAUGCUCAGCUGGUGAAUGGAACACUUCAGAAUUGAUGGAAUGAAUUACAGAUUUACCAACGGCAAUCUAAUGCUGAUAGGCAGUAUGAUCCGCCAGUUGCUAUAAAAUAAAGUGAUCGUAAUAUAAACAUCUCUUUCGCCGUCGAGAUUUAACUGCUAUGUUGAAGUAGAAGAGCGAUGCCGUAGGCUGUGAUGCUGCCAGAUAUUCUGCAGAUCGAGAUAAUAAAUUCCUAAUGACCUCCGUCUAUGCCACAGCCUCACCCCCAGAUCUGUUUUACAAAAUAAGUCGAUCGAGCCACGGCUGCAUAACUGGUUACAAUCCCCAAUUUCCACACUUGUGCAGUGAAUCUGAAAAAUAUUACUUUUAGGCAAAGAAACAACAGUAAAUAUCAUCUCCGGAAGAUUUUCAAUAAAGAUAUUGAGUAUGUUAA